AGUAGCUCUCUACGCCUUAUCUAAAGAAUGAUCAAAUUGAUCAGGAUUACUGAUUUGAGAAGCACUUUAAAGUGAUGUUCGAUUUGAGUAUAGAAUAUUUGGAAGUAUCUUGAAUGUGUGAAAUACGAAGAGAAGGGGAUAUUUUCUAGGUAAAGUGCAUUUUCUUCUGACAUAAUUAUCUCGAAUAGGAUCACGAGUGUCGUCUAAUGUUGCCGAAGCCUUUUUGACGAAUAGAAUCAGUAGGCGAUUGGAGGGGAAGGCAAAGAGGUAGCAAACAGUGAUCCGCUGACAAGUAGUGCCAUGGGGACAGUACUCGUCAACACGACCACGGCAAUAAUCCUCGCCGGCGUCGAUUACGACCUUUCAUUCAACGAAACGCUGAAUGACACGAGCUACGGCGAUGCCUUCGAUGCCGAUGAUGGUGGUGGACAUCAUGAUUACGGCGAACGUUCCUUAUUCGAUAUGAUCGUGAUGUAUUUUAAACUCGUCAUCGAUGUCGCCGGCUUGCUCGGCAACGUCGUGGUCGUUCUCCUCGUCACGUUCUGCCACGACCUCCACAGCGCUGCCAACUACCACUUUCUAAACAUGGCCGUCGCCGACUUCAUUCUCCUGCUCGAGAACCUCGCAGGGAGAAUCAAUAACAUCGUUCACUUUGAUCUGUUCCGGACUUGGGAUUGCCUUCCACUCUAUCUUCAUACGGUAGUUGUCCAGACAUCGUCGCUGACCUUAGCUGCUCUGUCCAUUGACCGGUUCAAGCUCAUCGUCAGGCCAUUGAAGAACUUGCAUGACAGAUCCACGGCCAAGGUCUUCAUCUCACUCAUUGCGGUAUGGUUUGUUUCCUUCGCUCUGCACAUUCCAAGCCAGUUGUUCUCGGUCCAAAAUGGAUCUUACUGCAAGGUUAUCCUCCCCUGGGUCCAUGGGAAACUGGUCUAUGGCAUCUACAGUAACGUCGCCCUGUUCUACUUGCCCACCUCCAUCGUACUCUACUGCAAUCUCAGCAUCAUCGCGAAGAUCCGGCGAAGGAGGCCCGGUGUCAGCUACCUCGACCGCAACGCGCAACCUACCACGUCCCACGACACCACCGAAGAUGGCCAUGGUGGUACGUCAGCGGCGAUCGCCACCAGUAAGCCGGUAGUGACUCGGUCGCCCAAAGACGCCAAAUCCAGUCGACGUGCGCGUAGCUCGCGCAUUAUCGUUACGGUGGUGAUCGCGUACAUCGCCCUCAACCUGCCAUUCUACGCGUUCUACACCCUUUCGCUGAUCCCCGGUGCCAUUCCGUGGAAAGUGUAUUACGAUGGUCACUCGUAUCUUGGGCUGAUGCUGCUACUCAAUAGCGCCAUUAAUCCAUUCAUCUAUUCCCUGAUGGGUUCAAAUUACAGAAAGCACAUUCGACAGGCAUUGCGAUGUCUGUGCUGUUAUGGCAAGCUCUGUGCCUCUCCCCCUCCCUCUGAAAAUCCUCAAAGAUCCGGAAAGUGUGAUCGCAACGACACACAAAGCAGUAUCACUGAGCAGUCACAGUGACGGCUUUCUUCUAUAAAGAAGGGGGUAAGGUGGGAGGGGUAAGGGCACUUUAUAUUAACGUA